AUGUCUUCUCACUCUACUUCUGCAUCUGCUGCUACCACUGCCAACCAAGCUCUCAUAGCUCUUGUUGCUCGGCUCACUGAGAUGGUUCAAGAUGUUAUCCAGUUGCCGUCGCAAGAGGAAAAAAUGGAGUUGAGCCAGAAGAUUGCUCAUGAAGUGAAUGACGUGAUUCGCUCCUAUGGAAAGGAGGCUUCCUAUGUCUCCCCUGGCCUGCUGUCACUUGCAGCAGAGAUCUUUCGCGCUCAGAGGUGCACCACACAAUUGGUGGAAAUACCGGAUUGGACCCAUCUUGGGCACAAUAAGGACAUGCGCAUGAAGCACCCAUUGUACAGUAAGGCCUUGGGUAAUGCCCCACCUAUUGCAUCUGCAGCUUCUGUACCAGCCCUCCUUUGCAUCGUACCAACUGAUCCCGGAAGCCCAUCAUCAAGUCAAAGGAGAUCUUGUCCUGACACCGACACUGAGAAGGUGAAGGGGAAGACCAAGGCCAAGGCACUAGAAGUUGAUGGCGAUGAGGAUGUCGACUUCAUCAAUGUCAAUGAGCUUCUGGACUGUCGAGCACCAAAAAUCAAGGUGCAAGGCUGUCAUCCCUGCAAAAAAGCUGGGUACACUGAAGGCAAGCCACUUUAUGACCAGGGAAGUGACAAAAACUGUCUAUCCAGUCCAAGGGCAAGGGCACCAGCAGGAAAGCCAAGGUCCAAGAAUAGAUGCUGGGCGAAGGAUGUGGAGUGUUGCCCCCGGUUGAUGAAGAAAGGCAAUGUUGCCUUGACUUGCUCAUUGUACCACCUCUGGAAGAUGGCAUGCAUCCAGACCAAUACAGAGAGCCCCAACAUUACCCCCACCACCAACACUACACCACCUGCAGCUGCAGUGACCACUCACUCUAAAAUAACCCAGUCCAAAGCCACCAGAAAAAAAAUGAGGGAGAAAUCUAAUGCAAAAGACAAGAAAAUCUGGCAACCUAGUCCUAUCCAAGAGGAAGACAACAGCAUCCAGAUGCUCAAUGGCACUGUGGAUGUGACGGGUGCCCAACAACAAUCAGCUCCUUUGGCAUUUGCAAACAAUUUCCCUCCUAAUCACUGGAUCGAGCCCAACAAUGAUGAGUUGCCACCUCCAUGUCAUAUCCUGUAUUUCGGACCUACGCCUGACAAUGUUCCCAUGCUUCAUCUGGACCUCAGAGCCUAA